AGUGGCCCAAUUGUCAGUGGAUAACGCAACCCUGAAAACGUUUGAGAGGCUUCUGGAGGCCGUCGUGUUCUGGCGACUAGGCGGUAGCCACCGAUGCCUGCGACGCCAGCGACCAGCCCCGGCUGCGCUGGGUUGCCGGCGCAGGCUCCGACGAGCUCACUCCCCGGAUUUAAAGGCCCCCCUAGGCGUCUGGACGCUCGGAGGCCGGCAUGGGUCGUCCGGACCGAGUCGAAUGUUAGGAGAGAAAGACCAAAACGACCUGAUCCUCCAUGCACCAUCUGCAAAGGCACUGGGACAAUAAAUUGCCGCAACUGUUUCGGUAGAGGAAGAAUAAAUCAUGUCGAUCUCGCCGUGCUCCCCAAGGGAGAAUGGCCGCAAUGGUGCCAAAUAUGCGGGGGUAGCGGUCUGGAUUACUGCCACCGAUGCCAUGGAACAGGUGAAUAUCGAGAACCCAUGGGUUUUCACUUCACAGUCAAUAGGAAAUGAGCAUCACACAGUCCUGAGAAAAAAGGAAAAAGAAACACAGGCAGUGUUGGAAGGCUGAUCAAGUCAAAUGGUCAGAAAAAACAAAGUCCCAUUGAGGCCAUAGGAUCAACAUUUGAAUGAGCUGUGGGAAAUUAUAGCCCAAUAUUUUGUAUGUCUGUUGCUGUGGAAACUUUGAUCUUAUGCUGGUGCUGUAGAAUUUUGUUGUCAACAAAGGAAAAAUAGAUGUAGAUUAUGAUCAGAGGGCAAGUGUCAUCACUUUAAUCAACCGGCUAAAUUUGUGUAUGCAACUAUAUUAGGUGAUAAAUAAGGGCUUUCUACCGCA